AUGUUGUUUAAUAUUAUAACUUAUUUAUCAUUUAUAUCAACAGUAUUAUCAAUAGCUUCAAUAGAAGUUAAAGGUAAUGCAUUUUGGAAUUCAGAAACUGGUGAAAGAUUUUAUAUAAGAGGUAUAGAUUAUCAAGCUUAUGAUUCAAACUCCGUUAUUGAAGAUCCAAUUGCAGAUACAGCUAGUUGUGAAAGAGAUAUAAAAUAUUUUAAUGAAUUAGGUAUAAAUACUGUUAGAAUUUAUUCUAUUGAUAAUACAAAAAAUCAUACUGAAUGUAUGGAUAAAUUAGCAGAAAAUGGUAUAUAUGUUAUAUUAGAUGUUAAUACUCCUCAUUCAUCAAUAACAAGAUCAAAUGCUAAUUGUUCUUAUAAUUCAGAUUAUUUAAGAGAAAUUUUUGCAACUAUUCAAGAAUUUGCUAUAUAUGAUAAUACUUUAGGAUUUUUUGCUGGAAAUGAAGUUAUAAAUGAUGGUCCUUCAUUAGAAGCUGCUCCUUAUGUUAAAGCAGUUGUAAGAGAUAUCAAAACUUUUAUAAAAAAUAGAAAUUUUAGAACUAUUCCUGUUGGUUAUAGUGCAGCAAGUGUUGAUGAAUAUAGAUUAAGUUCUGCAUUAUAUUUCAAUUGUGGAGAUGAUGAUUUAGCAAGAAUUGAUAUGUUUGGUAUAAAUGAUUAUUCAUGGUGUGGAGAUGCAAGUAUGACCACUAGUCAAUAUUCAAAUCAAAUGAAAGAUUUUGCAAAUUAUACUAUUCCUAUUUUUUUUUCAGAAUAUGGUUGUAAUACUAAGAGACCAAGACCAUUUUCUGAAGUUGAAGUAAUAUAUUCAAAUCAAAUGUCUUCUGUAUUUUCUGGAGGAUUAGUUUAUGAAUAUUUUGAAGAAGAAAAUAAUUAUGGAUUAGUUGAAUUAAAUGAUGGUAAUAUUGAAACAAAUGAAGAUUUUGAUAAUUUAAAAAAUGAAUUUAAUAAAACAAAGAAUCCUUCUGGUGAUGGUGGUUAUAAUAAAAAUGGUACUGCAAAUAAUUGUCCUUCUUUAAGUAAUUUAUGGAAUGUUACUACAAAAAUCCCAAAUACUCCAGCAGGAGCAAUAGCAAUGUUAAAAGGUUUAGAAGAAGUUAAAGAUAAUCAUGGAUUUGAUGCUUAUACUCAAAAUUGUGAUGGUCAUGAUGAAACAGAUGAUUCUGAUCAAUAUUCAAGUACAAUUGGUGCUUCAAGUAGAGCAGCUAUUGCAACUACUGGUGGUUCAAGUUCAAUAAGUUCUGCAUCUUCUUCUUCAACUCAAACUUCUUCUGGUUCAUCAUCUAAACAAAAUGAUGGGUUAGUAGUUUCAGUUGAUAAAGUUAUGAGUUUAAUUGCUUUAAUAGCUGGUGUUUUUACUAUCUAA